AUGAUUAACUGGGUUGUCGAGCUUUCCGAGUUCGUCAUAUCGUAUGAACCUCGACAGGCAAUUAAGUCGCAAACUUUGGCAGACUUCAUCCUGGAGCUAACCCCGCCCAAUGAAAAGGGAGAAGGGAAUGAAGGUCUCUGGACAAUUUAUGUCGACGGAUCCUCGAACUCUAAGGGGAGUGGAGCCGGGGUGAUUGUUGAAAGCCCGGAAGGAGUGUCCAUCGAGCACUCCCUCCACUUAGCAUUUCCGACCUCGAAGAACCAAGCUGAAUACGAGGCAUUCAUUGCCGAGAUCGUGCAGGCAAAGGAGCACGGAGCAAGGAAGAUAAAAAUAAUGAGUGAUUCACAGCUGGUUACUUCACAAGUUGAAGGAAAAUACCAAGCCAAGGGUCCUCUCAUGAUGAAGUACCUCCAACGGGUCAGGGAGCUAUUAGUUGAGUUUGACGAGGUAACAAUCCAGUGGUCAGCAAUAGCAGCAAAAUUACCAGGAAGAACUGACAAUGAAAUAAAAAAUGUGUGGCACACCCACUUGAAGAAGAGGGCAUUGAAAACCAACCAACUCAAUUCAGAGAGCAAAAUAGUUUCAAAACCAAAAAUCAUGCAAUCUGAUUCCAAUUCCAGCACACCAACUCAAUCAGAACAAUCCAGUCUUUAUUACACUGAAAUGGAGACUACAUCAGCAUGCAAUUCUUCUAGUGAUUUUUCAUCACUCACCAAUAUUAGUGAAGGAAAACAUAUGAACAAGAACACCAUCAUGAGUGAAGACAUAGAGUCUCUUGAGACAAUGCCUGAAAUUGAUGAAAGCUUUUGGUCAGAGACAACAACAAUGAAUGAUGAAAGAUCAACCAUGCCAUCACAUUCUUGGACAAUCUCAAAUGAACUAUCACCUCAAUAUCCAUUUCAUUCAGUGGAUACCUUCCAACAGAGUUAUGGUAAUAGUUCAAACUUUGAUGAUGGCAUGGAUUUUUGGUAUGACUUGUUCAUCAGAUCAGGGGAGUCAAUAGAAUUGCCAGAGUUCUAA